AUGGUGCCAUCGUCGUCUACUGAUAGCGGCAACGGUGGUGCAGACGGUGUGGUGGUGCGGCUCUUCGUCACGCAUCCAACCUCUGCCGGCUGGCCGCGGUGGACGACGCUGUGGUGCGCAGCGCUCGACGCGGCGUGGGGCGGUGCGGCGCCGGUUGCAGACAUUCAGUUUGUACUUCUCGCUGGCCCGUCUUCGGACCUGCCGCCGUGUCCGUCGGCAGACGCCGAGGUUCGCGAGCUCCCACAAUCGCUGCACAUCAUGCGGCACACCCCGGCCGAGUAUGCAGCGCUGCUGGGCUCGACCGGCACUACCGCAAGCGACGAUGUGCCCAAGGCGGGGCCGUGGAUUGGGGCGGCACUCGAGAGUUGGCUUGUCGAGCACGGGGUGAGCCACUGGGGCUGGAUGGCGCCGGAUGUGGUGCUCGGCGCUGCGCUCGGAAGCCUGGUUGCCGGUCACCCAGACGCCGUUCUCUCGGUUUAUCCGCGGGCCGCCGAGUGCCCGCCCGAUGCAGCGACACAACUCUCGGAGAGCGUCACGGUUGUGCCGGUCAACGCUAGCCUUGCUCACGCGCUUGCCAGUGGGAAAAACUCCCUGGCGGUCGCACUGUCCGCCGUGCUGAGCUCUUCUCCGGACCGCGAGGUUCUUGCAUCGUUUGCUGGAUUCAAUGCCUCGGCGCCGCAUCCGCCACCGCUGCUCUGGUCGCCGACAAUCCUGGCUUACAAUAGGCGAACUGAUGCACCGCGGGCCGAUAGUGGCGCCUGCGGCGGCUGGUAUGUGGUGGAUGUGGCGCGCGACGCGCCGCGUCCUGAGCGCUGCGUCGAUGUCGUCGACCAUGGCCACAUUCCAAUGGCAGUUUUACCGGCAGCCCUCGAGGUUGAGCACUGGGCUGAAGAUGCAACGGUGUUGAUCGAGGAUGGCCAGGCUGGAGUGACUACUCUUCCGGGCGUCCAAGGAGACGAGGCCACUGGGUAGGCCGGAUCGGGGUCACCAGUUGAGCCAGGUCUUGAGGGCCCAGCCGCCGGCAACAACGACCGAGGCCGCAAUGGUGGCGUACACCCAGCCGGCAAAGUUGGGAUAAGUGCCGCGCUUGUGGAUGAUCUGCUGGACGCCUGCGGCGUUGAAGCGCUUGGUGUGGUACGAGUCGGGGAAGCGAUGCUCGGCGUACAUGCGGAGCGCAAACUGGCCGGCCGGCCGGGCAACAAAGGCGUCCAAGAUCGGCUUGGCGGCGGCAGGCAUGCGCUCGCGCGCAAAGAGCAGUGACUCGUGCUCUGACGGGAAGAGGAUCGGGUAGGCGAGGGCAGCAAAGGUAAAGUCUGCGGCCGAGG